UGGCUCGAAGUCUGACCUUAUCGACCUUACCCCUAAGAUCUUCCCGAUCCACUUCCUCAUUGUCUGCAUUCGCGUCCGUGCGACGCGGGGCGGCCCGCAGCGUUCCACGUGAGGCGGAGCGGCGGAGCGAUGGCCUACCGCCUCGUCUUGUUGACCCUUCCAAUCUGGCAGGCCCUGGGCGAAUGUGCUGACGGGAGCUGUGCCGUCAAGGACCGCAGCCUGAUUCAGAAGCACGCGCUAACGGCUGCGUCGAAGGCCGACGGCCUCUCCGAGCUGGAGCGCCCGCCACGCAUCUUCAGCCGCGCGCAGGAAGAGAGGGAGCAGGGCAGACAGGUCUGCAAGAAGGCACUCCUAAAGACCUCUGUCCCAAGCAGUGCCCCUUCGCCGCGGAGAUGGAGUCCAAGUUUUGCCACUUCAGGUGCGUGGGGAAGUUGCAAUGCGGAGACCCGACCACUGGGACCUUGCGGAACGCCAGCAUCCCCGACGAGAAGAUGCACCUGUGUCGUCAUUGUCAAGUGGAGGCGUGUCAGACCUGCAAGGCCGGGCCACCCGGUGCCUCGGGCCCUGCGCUGGAGCGCUGUGUCAAGUGCUUCCCGGGCUACACCUUGACGCCAGAGGGUGAGUGCGAGAUGAACGGCGAGAGCUUCUUCGUGGCCAUCGCAGUGGUAGGUGCGCUGGUCACAGUCGUUGCUGUGGGCUGGUACUUCAGCGUGGUCUUCAAGCCCUGCGUGAACCAGGAGGGCAUUGCUGAGGGCAUGGAGGGUCAGAACCGUGCCAUGAUCACCAUGCCCCACGAGCCAGGCGAGGAGCCACAGCCGUAUCCCUUGAGCACCAAUUUGCUGACCACCAACGUCGCUGGCGCUGGCACCAUGCUGUUCUUCCGCUUCCAGUUCGCCCUGCUGUUUUGGGCGGUGGCCCUGAUGGGCGUGUGGUUUGGUUUUGUCUUCCUGGUCAGUGAAGACCUGAUGAUCAUCGGUAACCGGGAGGCCAAGUCGCCUCAAGUGCUUUGCGCAGUGGUGAAAUGGGGGCGUGACCGACAACUGGAUCUGCUGUGGACCAAGGUUGCCUGGCUCAUCAUCGCCUAUGUCUUCUCCGUCCUCGGAGCCGCGAUCUAUGCAAUCUUGGCAGCGAAGUUGAGGGCUGAUGCAGACAGCACCUACAACAGCAUGGCGGACUUCGUGGCGCGUUUGGAUGGGCUGCCAAGCUUCAACGGUUCCGAACGGGUCGAGGCGAGUCCGGUGGAGGUCCGCUCGGCCACGGGCAGCGCCGUGGUGGGCGUGUCGGUGGCCUGGGACUACCGUGCAGUCUCGGGCCGCGUGAGCGCAGCGAUUGACAAAGAAUUAGAACUCUUUGCCGAAGAGACUCCGGUGACCGCCGGGCCGGGACCCUACCCAGGUGAUGGAGAUGGCAUCAGCGACAAGAUCACGCGCAGCAUCCUGGAUGCGUGGCACGUGCAUUUGCAGGAUGGUGGCCACCAUCCGAGUGAUGAAGCCACGAAACAGAUGCUGCUCGACAUGAAGAGCACUCCGACGGCCUUCGUGGUCUUCGAGUCUGAGAGUGCCAAGAAGGCGGCCGUGGAUGCCGUGAAACGUUCCGGCGGCAUCCUCAUCGGCCGGGAGAAUUGCACUUUGUCUUCAGUUUUGGCGGAGCCUGAAGAGAUCUUGUGGGCGAACCUGUCCAUCAGCAAGGGCCAGCGUGCGGCGAACCUUUUCCAGGGCACCUUGCUGGUCUCUGGUGCUUGUCUUCUUUGGACCUUGCUGCUUUACUUGCCCUAUGCCUUCUACAUGGCCUCCUUCACUUAUGCCAACGGUGACGAGCCAGGGCCCUUCAGCGAGGGGAUCUUCAUUACCCUGGUGGUUCUCUCGCAGAUCGGCCUUUUCGUUUGCAGUUCAGUGGCCUCCAAGGGCGCUGGUUUCCACUACGAGGACCAGGUGCAUCGGAGCUACACCAUGUUCUAUAACGCGGCCCUGGUCCUUAACCUGGCGCUUGAUUUGGUGUUGCAGACCUAUCUGAGCUACUUGCAGAUGGUGGGCGUGGGUGUGCACACCGCCGAUGGUCAGCUUCUGGGCUCCAUGACCGACUUCCAGGACAUCUUUGAGUCCUAUCCGAUGCAGAAGUCCUUGGGAAAGCUCCUCUUCAAGUACUGCUGGCCCUGUACCUUCUUUGUGCCUUUCCUCUUCGAACCCGUAGUGGCCCAGUUCUUGCCGAAGCACAUCGCCAAGAUUCUGGUGGGCGCCAACCCGCGGAUCCGUGGGGAGAUGGCGGAGAAGGCCUUCGAGCUGAACGAAAUGGAGCCGGGGCGCUAUGCGGACAUCAUCUUCAACCUGAUUUUGGUGACCUGCAUCCCCUUCAUCGCUCCUGCGUACAUGGCCAUGACGUUUGGCGCUUUGAUCAUCUCUCAUGUCUACCUCUACAGCUAUGACCGUGUGAAGGUGCUGCGCUAUGUGGGGAAGUAUCAGUGGUCCUCCCCAGAGGUGCACAACCUGGCGCAGAAGCUCUUCUCGAUCCCAGUUUGCAUCUUGGCAGGUGCCCUGGUCUUCAAGUGCAACCAGUUCUCCGGUGGAAAAGCACUGGGCUCAGGUGUGCUGAAAGGCCCCUACCUUUGGUGCAGCAUCUUGGGCGCGAUGGUACUGCAUUUGAUUGCGCACUGCUGCAUGUUGGACUUCAUCAACAAGAGGUUUGAAGAUGAAGAGGGCGAUGAAAGCACUGAGAAGUAUGAGACCUGCGCGAAGCGAAUCCCGGCAACGCAUUUCUCCACCAACCCGGUGCACUGCCUUCGCUCAAAGUUCAUCCUGGAGCAGAAGCCGCCACAAGCCAUUUACGCCGUGGGCAAGGAGCACACCAUGCUGGCCAAUCCUGAGAUCGGUUCUCAUUACCAGAAGAAGCCAGCGAAGAAAUGAGCGACAAGUCGUCGGACUUGAACCGCGCAGGAUGAUGCUAACCGCUGGGGUGCCACAACACGCGGCUCCCGUAUUUGGAUGCCGAUGCCCUAAGCAAGCCAUGUAGAAAGCUGUGCGAGCCUUGCGUGCGUGUGGGCAAAGGAAUUGCCAU